UGGAAGAGCACACACCACCAUGCGUACCCCAGCGGUCAUGAUUAUCGGGAUUGUUCUGGCCCCUUGCGGGUUGGUAUUCGAUCUCGUUUCUACUCUGGCCCCGAACUGGAGGGAGGUGAGGAACAUUAAGGGCAGGGCACAAGAUGAGGUGCUCCAGCAGGGAAUCUGGGAUAUCUGUCAAGCGUUUGAUACUUCCCGUACUCUCAAAUGUGGACAAAAAGAUGAAAACUACUUUAAGGAACAAGUCGUUACCUCAGCCAAGGGUCUAAUGAUUGCCUCGUUAAUCGCAACCAUGGCAGGGAUUGUGGUAGCGUCCCUAGGGAUCCGGUGUUGGGAAGAAACGCCGAACCUGUUGGUGGCUGGAUUGGGAGGGAUCUUGAUCUUCAUUUCAGGUAUCUUGUGUAUUAUUCCAGUCGCUUGGUACACCAACCUUCUGAACUCAAUCAAAGCGUCGGGCUCGGAUAUUCGUGUGGGGUACUGCAUCGUCCUGGGAUAUAUCGGCAGCUGUUUCAUGGUCAUUGGUGGCGGGGCCUUGAUUAUGUGUUUGUUCCAGUUGUGCUUUAAAAAAAAGGGGCAACUGACCAACAGCCACUCCAACAAAUACUACCACAAUAACCCAAGUUCAUCCAGGUCCAUUAUAAAGACAGUUGAUGGGCGUGAGUUUACCAUGCCCCAGCAACCUACAUCCUUGAGUAGACCGAUUGAGGUCGACGAUUUUACUGUUCCCCUGGGAAAGCCUGCACCCAAAAAAACAUUUAACAUCACCGACUUCACCACGAAUGAACCGUGCGAUUCAGAUUUUUAA